AUGCCUGAAAGCCAGUGCUUUAUGAUUACUGAGGCUUGGAAGCAUGCAUAUUUUUUGUGCAAAGGAUACAUCCUUAGUGCAUUAGAUGAUGAUCUGUAUAAUUUCUACAGUUCUGCCAAAACUUCAAAAGAAUUAUGGCUUGCACUCGAAAAGAAGUAUAAAACCGAAGAUGUAUGCCUAAAAAAAUUCGUGGUUGCCAAGUUUCUUGACUACAAGAUGACAAAUAAUAAGACUGUUGGAACCCAAGUUCAAGAACUCCAAGUCCUUCUCCAUGACCUUAUUGCUGAAGGUAUGGUGAUCAACGAGGCAUUUCAAGUGACUGCUGUGAUUAAGAAGUUGCCUCCUUCGUGGAGAGACUUCAAGAACUAUCUGAAACACAAGCGUAAGGAAAUGUCGCUGGAAGAUCUUGUGAUUCGCUUGAAGAUUGAGGAAGAUAAUAAAAUUGCUGAAAAGAAGUCGCGUAGAAAUUCAACGAUCAUGGGAGCGAACAUCGUUGAAGAAGCUGCUCCAAAGAAUAAGAAAAGGAAGAAACCUUCUGGAAAGAGUAAGGAGCAGAACAAGAAAAAAUUCAAGGGCAACUGCUAUAAUUGUGGGAAAGCUUGCCACAAAGCCCCAGAUUGUCAUCUCCUGAAAAAGGACAAGAAAAAGGGACAAGCCAAUAUGGUGGAGAAGAAUGAUGACAUGGAUGAUCUGUGUGCAAUGCUAUCGGAGUGCAAUUUAGUUGGAAACCCAAAGGAGUGGUGGCUUGAUUCUGGUGCCACUCGACAUGUUUGCUCUGUAAAAGAAGCAUUUGCAGCUUACGCUCCCGCUGGACCCGAGGAGGAACUGUUUAUGGGAAAUACUGCAACAACCAAGGUUGAAGGAUAUGUGAAGAUACUUCUGAAGAUGACUUCCGACAAGGAAUAA